AAUAUUAUGCUGUCAUAGUCAUACCUAAUGUUAUUGUUACACAAUUUCAAAUCUAUUUUUCUAAUUUCUGUUAUUAGUUUAUAGUAUAUAUUUUAGGUAAUAACAACAAUAUGGAAAAUGAAACUAAAGAAAUUAUUGAUGAUGGUUUUCAAGUUUACGACCCAGACAUUUUAAAAAGUCAAAAAAUCAAGAUUGAAGAUAUGAUUAUUGGCAAACAUUUUAUGGAAGGAAAUCUAAUUGAAAGCUCAGAAGAUUCAGCAGUGAAAAUUGAAAAUAAUGAUGACCCAAAGAAACGAAUUAAUGGAAGAAAUGCUCCUUGCUUCAAAAUGGAAAGAAAAUUGCAAAAAGUCGAUCUUGAUAAAUUUACCUCCAAUCAAGAUAAGCACAAAAAAAAAAUUGAGCAACAUGAGUGUGAUCUUUGUGAGUUCACUACAAAUCAGAAAUCAUAUCUCGAAAGACAUAUGAAUAUUCAUAUGAAUUUAAAACAACAUAAGUGUCAUUUAUGCAGUUAUAGUUCAAAUCAUAAACAUAAUGUCAAGACUCAUAUAGAUGCAGUUCAUAUAAAUUUGAAACAACACAAAUGUGACUUAUGUGAUUUUGCUUCAAAUCGAAAAGCUUAUCUCAAAAGACAUAUAGAAUCUGUUCAUAUGAAUUUAAAGCAGCAUAAGUGUCAUUUAUGCAGUUAUAGCUCAAAUCACAAGCAUAAUCUUGAUGCACAUGUAAGUGUUGUUCAUUUGAAUUUGAAACAACAUCAAUGUAAUUUCUGUGAUUUUGCUACAUAUUAUGAACGACAUCUCAAAACACAUAUAGAUUGUGUUCAUAUAAAUUCGAGGCAAUAUAAGUGUCAUUUAUGUGAGUUUGCUUCAAAUGAGAAACAUUAUCUCAAAAAACAUUUAAAUUCUGUUCAUUUGAAUUUAAAACCCCACAAGUGUAAUUUAUGUGAUUUUGCUUCAAAUCAAAAAUUUCCACUGAAAAAACAUAUUGAGUCAGCUCAUUCAAAUAUAGAGCAGAAAUAAUGUCAUGUGAUGUUUCAACCCUGAUAUUUGAUAUAUCCUCAUGGAAAAUAGUAGUAUCAGUCUUUUAUUAUGUUUUAAGGAAACUAGUGAAACUACUAUCAACUAGCCUUUGUCUUAAGAAAUUAUUAUUUUGUUUAUGCAUAAUGUGUUGUUAUUUAUUUGUUUGUUGAUUGUUUUCCAGUAUGAAUGGAAAUGGAAUUGAUAUUUUAUAUAUUGUUAAAUAGUAAAUAUCAUAUAAAUAAUAAAAAUAUUGAUGAAAAA